GGGCAGGUGACGUCAGUUGUGCAGAACACCCUCAAAAUUCAUACUCAGUUUUCAGGUGCUAACCAUGUUUUCCUGAGGGAGUGGAAUUAUCUCUGUUGGGAUUGAUCUUCAACAAUUCCAAUGGUUUCUUCAGCUAGCUUGACCAAUUUGAAGCUUUGCCAGUUGGGCUUGACGCCUUCCCAAAUGAAAUGCAGUGAUUAUCCAC